CUAACAUUUUUUCGAGCUGCGGCGAAGGAGAACACUGAUUUCAUUUUGCUGCUGAAAGUUUGUAAUAAAUUAAGAAAAACUGAUUUGAUUUUCAUAAAAUUUGUAAAAAUAUAUGCAAGAAUAGAAGUCAAGCAAAGCAAGUUGGUUUCUGCCGCUGCACUGUAUUGUCGAGCGCGCAGUCAGUCAGUUGGUGUUGCCGUGUAUUGUAUAAAAAUAUUGUGGUAUGCAAAACAAAAAAUAAUAUUUGAUGGUCUUCAACCAUUUGCAUGGAACUAAGCUGUCAUUGAAACUUUGGGAAAUUUGUCAUUGGAUGAUUGUACGGUGAAUGUAUGACCGAAUGGACAGCAACUAUUCUAGAAUGCCUCCCACACAUCCUACAAGCAAUGGAGCUGUUGCGGCAGGCGACCAGAUGUGUGGUGGGGCUGGAUCACAAAAGGCUCAUCGCAAUUUUAAACUUCUUUCCGACCCAGCCCUUACCAAAGGCGCCAUUAAACUCUAUCGUUUUGAUGGAAUUCUUCCAAACGAUCCCACCUAUCCGCCAGUUUUGCCUAGAGAUCCAAGGAAUCCUGUAUUGCGACUCAGGGCUAGACCAGUAGAACCGAUGGUGCUCUCUGUACCACGAUUGAAAAUUGAUGAGAAAUAUGUUGGAAUUCCUCCAGCAAUAGAAGUAACCAUAACUAAUUUGAACGACAAUAUAGAUAAACAAUUUCUCUCUAGAAUGCUAGAAAAAUGUGGUCUGUACGAUGACAUCGUUAUUUAUCAUCAUCCGACGACAAAUAAACACCUAGGAGUGGCACGAAUUAUUUUCGAAAAUGUUAAAGCUGCACGACUCUGUGUGGAGAAAUUUAAUCAGAAAUCGGUGAUGGGAAAGAUAAUAAGUGUGUUUCAUGACAGCUUUGGAAGCAUCUGCAAGCAAACAAUAGAUGCGUUGACGGCGACAAAACCCAAACCCCCACCACCUGCCAUAACAGAAGUCCCAAUUUCAGAUGUGCCAGCUUCAGAAUCCAGUUACGGUGAACACCAUCUUGAAUACAUGUCCCAUGAUGGCUUUGAAAUAGGUUAUAAACAGUCGUAUCGUUCUGAGCGUGAUUAUGAUAGGUAUUCCCAUAACCGCGAUAGAUACGAUGACGAUAGAUCAUAUCGAGAUAAACGAGGAAGGCCAGACAGUCGGGAAAAUUACUCUUCAAGGUAUGAUAAAGAUCGUUCGAAACACCAUCACUAUACGUCCAAACGAGAUCGGUCCAGAGAACACAGUCGUGACAGAAUUAGCGGAGGAAGACGGGACAGAGAAAAAGACAGAAGAAGGGCCUAUGAUCGAUCCAGAGAGAAUGAUAGGCGCGAUCGUGAUCGUGAUCGUGACUACCGUGAAAAGGAAAGAGAACGUUCAAAUGAACGUGAUCGUUGCGAAAAAACACGAGGAAGUGAGAAAUACAGUACGUCAAGGUACCCUCGAGAUUAUGGAGAAACCACUGCAUCGACUGGCGUUUCAACAUUACAUUACCUUUCAUCGAGCAAUGCUGUUUAUUUUCCAGUCCAAACCAAUUCUUUACCAACACAAUCUCCAUUAAUGAUACCGCCUCUGCCUGGUGCAUAUGAAUAUCGACCUUACAGCUAUGGGACAGAUAUUCAGACAUCUGCACACAUCUGGCAUGGUAGUGGAGGAGGGGGCGUAGGGAGAACUUGGCCUACGGUGCAAAGUCAACCACAACCGACACAUCCAACCCAACCAACACAACCCCCUCUACCUCCACCUCCUCUAGAUGGUACUCCGCACUGGGGCGAACCCGAACCGCCUCCUCCUGGAGGAUACAGCUGUAGUGAUGAGAUUAUACAACCUGAUGAUAAACUUCGAAAGAAUAGUAAAAGCAUGCCGACAGAAGAAAAACCCGUAAGUACUGAGAACAAAGCAGACUCCUCCGCCGAAUUAGGCACCGUGGAUUUGGACACGCGAAUUGCUUUAAUGUUCAAAGGCAAAUCAUUUGGCAACGCACCUCCAUUUCUUCAAAUGGACAGCAGUGACUCUGAAACGGAUAAAUGUGUUGGGGCUGCAAAUGCAACCAAGGUCGAUGGCGACGAAGAGGAAGGAGAGGUAAAUUCAGACUCGAAUGACAGGCUGCUUUCAAAACGAACAAGCAAUAAAAAACAAAUGGAAGGCAAGCAUGUGUCUUCAAAAAUUGGCGUGAUUCAGCAAGGUGCCAGUGAUAUAUCGUCAAGUGACGAUGAGAUACUUCUCAAAAAAGAAUCUCACAGUCCCAUUCACACUGUCAUCAGAAAAAAAGAAGUGGAUGGUAUGUCUCUAUCAAGUCUAUCUUCACAUGAAGAUGUCAAGCACAGCAUGGAAAAAGACAGUCUAAACACAAUAACAGUUUCGGAGAAGGGCCUUGCUAGUACAGCGUCGUACAUUAGCAACCAAACAAAUGCAUCGGUUAAUCCGUACUACUAUCCGGGAAAUGGUUAUAACUCUUAUCCACAAAGUGACGUUAUGCCAACAGCGCAAUACUUCCCUAACCCGGCCUACAUACAAUCGUCGUAUUUACCUGGAAUUGGUGCCAAUUUAUCUACGUUUGGAACUGCAUCAGGUGUCACAUAUAAUAACACUUAUCGCGACGCUUACAAAUUCUAUCGCUCGGAUGGGUAUAUAAAUUAUAUGGGCUGUCCUUCCGGUGUAUAUGAGGAAGAUCCCUACAAAAGACACAUUGAAGAAGUGGUGAAGAAAGUAAGCGAUGAACUAAAGCAAAUAUUAAAGAGGGACUUCAAUAAAAAGAUGAUUGAAAAUACCGCCUUCAAAAAUUUUGAGUCGUGGUGGGAUGAACAAAUGCAAAAAAAUCGUCGCCACAAGAGUGAAAGGGAGAAAAUUGCCGAUAAAGCAUCUCUGGUAACAUCAAUAGGAUCGUCAACUGUGCCCACCACAACACGUAUAGAUAAGCCGCCUGAUAUUAAUCAGCUAAUAAAUAGUCACAGAGAUAUCUCUGAUUUCAGUUCUAACUACCCAGCACUAGGUCUUCGCGCUUCUAUACCUAAACUUCCGUCCUUUCGCAGAAUACGAAAACAAAACAGCCCAAAAUCUCGAAAGACUGACGAUGAGAAACGCCUAAGUGAUCAAGAGGAAAUGGUGCAGGCCUCUGAUUCCGAAAAGGAAGACUCAAACCUUAGUGCAGUAACAGUCCAACAAAUUGCCAACCGGGAGAAGGAUUCGAAAGUAAGCCAAGAUUCCACGAUAAAAGGGAGACCACUGGUUCCUCGGCUCAAGCGCAAAGGCAGCACAUCGAGUUUUUUCUCCUCUUCUUCAUCAAGUGAGCAGGAGAAUGAGGAGGAAGACGAGGAUGAAGUGGACGGAAGUUCCGUCGAGGGUGAUGAUAGCGCCAGCGACGAUGAUUUGAGUUCAGCGUCCGACGUUAAUGUUAAGGCGGGCUCAAAAAAUAUAAGGGAUAAGAAACCCUCGCGACGGGACUACGCCGCAGGAUUUUCAUUCGAAUUUGGCCAAGCAAAACAUAAGAUACAGUCUGGAAAUGAAGAUAACUUGGUUGCUGCGAAGACAAAUAUAUAUUCAGACACAGAAGAUGAAGAAAAGAGUUGUAUUGGAAAGAAAUAUAAUUCGAACAAAAUGGAUAAGGAAGACACAAAGGCUUUGGUUUCGGACCUGGAAGAUAUAAGUAAGGACAGUUCAUUUAGUGUUGAUGAUGAAAUUCCGUCCUCUUCCAAACAAACUGAAAAUGUUGUAUGUAGUGAAAAGGAAACAGGCAUGCUACAGGAUAGUGAUUCUGCGAAGCUUACCAUAUUGCCAAAAGAAGAGCAAGAUGCGAAACAAGAACACAUUCCUCAACAAAAGAAAUCAGUCUUCGAAUACGAUCGCAUAUACAGUGAUUCCGAGGAAGAGCGCGAAUAUCAAGAGAAACGUCGAAGGAAUACUGAAUACAUGGCACAGAUCGAGCGUGAAUUUCAGGAAGAACAACGUCGCAAAAUGCAAGAGCAAGAAGAGGAGCAAAGCAAGCAGGUUUCUCUCUCUGCACUUCAAGCAUUGGAUUCUAAUAGUACGCACACAAUGGUAUCUCAGAAGUCAUUAGAUAUGCCAGUUACGCCUGACAUCACCAAAGCGCCACCAACACCUGGAGCUACGUUGUUAGUAGACCAAGUUUUCCCCCCCAACAAAGCAAAAAGAGAAAAGAGUAACGCCAAAAGUAAAAAAGAUAAAAAUGUUGGAAUUAGCAACACAUGGGUGCUGGACAAACCUAGUAAUGAUCUAAAUCUUAAGAACGACGUUCAAAGUUCAGACAAAAAAAUCCAUAACAAAGAUGCCGCCUUUGGUGAUAACCAGGUGUGUGAACAACUGGACGAAUUACCGAAGUCUGGCAAUGAAAGCGUUACGCCGGUGUCCGAUUCGAAUGGCUAUGGUAAUAAAGUUGGGAUAAAGUCACAAAUGGAUUUGACAGUUCUUCAGUCAAAAAUUACUGCAGAAGACGUCGAGCGGCAAGUGGAACUAGCGACUUUAAACCCAAAACUAUCCACAGAACUAAUGCAGACUGAGGAGGAAAAUGAAGCAGUCAAAUUAUCGCCUACUUCCUCCGAUGGAGGUUCUAGCCAAGCUAGUCAAGCAAGUCAAGUUGCUCUAGAGCAUUGUUACUCAUUGCCUCCACAUGCAGAUGUUUCGAAACCAAAGACUUCACCAAGUGACACCGCUAGGAAAAAACAAUUGUAUCUGGCCCAUGACCAUGGGGGAUAUGCGACACCGCCUGCAUCUGCUGUGCCAAUGGCCCAUGAGACAACUUCAACACAAAUCACACAACAAGUCGGUCCCGUUGCGAAACCUGGGCCGGGUAGACCACGAAAGGAUGCUAGUCGAAUCAAAAAGAAGGAUGAUUCCUUUAAUCAGCGUUCGGGGAAUAAAAAUCAGCCAGAUCACUCGACAUCGAUGAAACACAACAAUCUCAACAAAUCAUUGGAAAUUUUUGAACCUCGUGAUAUGUUUAAACCUCGUGAUGCAACAGACGAAAUGAUGGUUUUAUAUGAAUUCCUAACCAAGGGUAUCGAUGCAGAAGAUAUACAGUACAUUCGACGUUGUUAUGAAAUUCAUCUGCAAGAGGAUACAUAUGGAUUUUUGCUUAACAAUACUCACUGGGUUGAUCAUUGUGUCACAGAUCGCGCAUUUGUACCACCGCCCGUCAAGAAACGUAAAAAGGAAGACGAGUUAAAAAUUCAUAAAACUGGUUGUGCCAGAACAGAAGGAUUUUACAAGUUAGACGUGCGCGAAAAGGCCAAACACAAAUAUCAUCACGCCAAGGCAAAUGUGGAGAACGCACAGAGUUUAGAUAAAACGGACGACCAGAUAACAAAUUUGCACAAUAAACAAGUUUCGAAAAUGCAGGGCAUUUCACGAGAAGCUCGUUCCAAUCAACGGCGCCUUCUUACGGCAUUUGGUUCCAUUGGAGAAUCGGAAUUACUUAAAUUCAAUCAACUUAAAUUCCGCAAAAAGCAAUUGAAAUUCGCUAAAUCUGCCAUCCAUGACUGGGGCCUAUUCGCCAUGGAGCCAAUAGCUGCAGAUGAAAUGGUGAUUGAGUACGUUGGUCAAAUGAUACGUCCCAUUGUAGCUGAUUUGAGAGAAAAUAAAUACGAAGCCAUAGGUAUUGGUAGCUCGUACCUGUUUCGUAUUGAUAUGGAAACAAUUAUCGAUGCCACAAAGUGUGGCAAUUUAGCGCGUUUUAUAAAUCAUAGUUGCAAUCCAAAUUGUUACGCCAAGGUAAUCACAAUUGAGUCGGAGAAAAAGAUUGUGAUAUAUUCUAAACAACCCAUUGGCAUCAAUGAGGAAAUAACAUACGACUACAAAUUCCCAUUGGAAGAUGAGAAAAUCCCCUGUCUAUGUGGUGCACAAGGCUGUCGAGGAACCCUAAAUUAAUUUCUUUUUUUUCUAGACUAGACUACGUUUGUCUACCACCAUACCUCAAAUAUCAUAAUUGCUACAACAACGCUCGCUCUAAGUUCAUUAGAUUCAAGUGGCUCGAGCAAAUGUAUUUUGCUACAUGUCCACAUCUGAUUCGCUCAACAAUUAUUGUUUAAUUUAAUUGUCGCUGUUCUAUAUUUCGAAUUAACAAUAAUUUUGUGUUGAGAUUUAUCAUUUACCACUUAAGUACUGUAGGGUGUAUAUAUAAAUAUAUACUUUAUCUAUAGGUAUCCACCCACACACACACACACACACACACACACACACACACACACACACACACACACACACACACACACACACACACACACACACACACACACACACACACA